CUCGCGCGUCGUACAGCCAUGUCCGGCCUUUUCUUCGACAUUCUCCUUCACCUCGGCGGUGUCCCUGAUCCUUCUACGAUCUAUCCACCCUCAUCCAUUCCCGCCUUAAAACAUCUUCUCGACGCUAUUGAAUCCGCUUCGUACGACGACAUGAAGCGUGACUGUCUCGUAUACUACCUUCUUAAACAGACCUCGGAUGGGCGUGAUGAACGCUACAUUGAUGAAAAAGUCAUUUCGCCUCAGUACGUGGCUCUUGCCGAUGCGUAUUGGCAGCUGGACAAUGGCAUCAACCUUGACGGUGCCAUAUCGAAGCUUUCCGAUGCGCGGAUAGUCAGGAACUAUACUACGAAAAUAAUAGAGACACUUGCGCUCGAUUCCGAUUCAGCAAACUUGAUACGUAAAUUUGUACGGACGUGUAAGCCACCACUUGCAGAGACGAGUGCCAUCGAGCGAUACAUUGUCGCGACAGCGGAGCAUAGUGUUGUUGAAGCGUGGAAGUAUCAACGGACUUUUCCUGAUCAUUAUUCAGAUAGGAAGAAAUUAUUGCAUGUCCUUCUAACUUGGGUACUAACUCCCAAACCGAAGCCACAGCCUCUCACUCAACUUCUUGCGUUACCCUUCUCAAGAUACGAAGAUGCCGCUUUACAGGACUUCGCAAUGCAUCCACCUGAAAACGUCCCACCCGCAUCAGUAGGAGUUGUACGCGACAUGGUCUGCGUGAGGCUCAUCCAAAGCUGCAAAUACGCCGCCGCCGUACGCUUCGUUCGUCAAUAUCCGAGUUCCGGAGUAGGAGCCCGUGGAACAUGGAGCGCAAAGCGCGAACGUAUUGUAAAAGACAUACUCUCGAUCAUGCCUGCUGUCGAGCGUGACCUCCUGGAGAACGAACUUGCAGCUCUUGGCGAGGAUACACGUAUAAGGACGUCGACUAUGGGGAGUUCAAGCGCGAAUCAAUCAUGGAUAGGCGGGAGCCUUGGGGCGAGUGGCUCGACGGACCUUGGAACAUCGUGGGAAGACAUCGGACGUCGGACGGCUGCGAAUGCUCCUCGGAAGAGUCUCGGCGCUCGUCCGAGGACUUCUUUGCCCAAUGGGAUUCCCGCGAAGCCGGCGGGGAUGUUUACUACUAGUGCUGGCCCGUCAACUGCUGGUCAACAACCACUUUCGGCACAGUCGACUCUUGUUUCGCAAAAUGGCACGGGUUCGAUUUCGAUGAACUCACCUGCGCAUCGCUUCCCUACGUUCAUCAGUACUGCGGAGUCUCCCGCUUCUGCGGCACGCCUAUUCGCACAGAAGGCGCCUCACUCCCAACAGCCAAAGACGAAUGGAGUUGCGAAUGGUAUUGCGAAGAAGAAUGGCUUUACAACGCGCAAUGCGUUCUUUGAACCCGCGGCUCCGCGUAACCCAAGUCCGGAACCAUUCCACCACGAGAGACAUCCUGUCGACCCGAUGGCUAGUGCGUCGCCAAAGCGCGCACCGACGAAGCCCACCACACGGCUCCCCACUCCACCGCGGGAUGACGAUGCGGAACGGACGCAGGAGAGUAGUCCGACUGAUGACGGCGAACAAGAACAAGACCAAGUGUAUGACGCAGAUAGACGCAAAGAGCGAGAAACCCCGUCGGUGAUUUCCAUAGACGAAAGCGUCGACAAACAACAAGUGGAAGAAGAAAUAAGCGACCGAGAACGCGACGAAGGUCUAGGAUACUCGAUCUUCAACGGUGCUAUCCCACCGAUGAGAACGCCUUCGUCAGGUGCGACGUCACCUAAGAACGUGCGCAAGUCGCCAUCUUGGAGGAACGAUGAUGCCUAUAGUACUGUUGCAGAGGGAAGCCAACGUAAGAAGCUGAAAGUUGCCGUACCGGGUGCUUUUGUCAUGGAUGGAGAUGGGGAGGAAGAUCAUGAACAUGAACAUGAGUUACCGAGUCCGACGAGUGCGAAUGCUGAUCGUCUACGCUUUGGCGCUACCGCCCCGGCUGCGGCGUCUCGUACGGCAUCGGGAGCAGGAGUUAGAAGGUCGACGAGGAAACGGGCUGUGAGCCCUGAGGAGAACGAUGCUCACCACCAUGUUAAUAUUAGUAUCCCUGGGACGUUGUUCGAAGAAGAGGAAGAACAAGAUCAGGGUCGGCAUCAUCAUCAUCAGCAGACGAAUGGACGAACACAUAGACGCACGGAGACCACGGACGAAGAGGGAGAAGAAGCGGAAGAAGAGGCGGACGAACUCGCACCUUUACCCAAACAACCUUCCGAGAGACGGAAUAGACGAAAGACGGAUCCUUCCCUUCGUGCACUAUCAAACUCGAACAACAAUUUGCGGACGCCACAAAGACGUACCACGCGGUCGUUGCGGAGUAACUCUACCGAACCGGAUGAGAACCUCGUCUCGAAAUCGACGGGUAGACCCGUUCGGAGGUCUUCACGUCUGCAGAGUGCGGAGGUGUCGCCGACUGCGGCUAUUAAUGCGAGUAAGAUGAGUGUGCACGUAAAGGGUAAAGAUAAGGAUAGAGAAAGAGAAAGAGAAGGAGGAAGAGAAAGAAGACCGAAGAAAAGUUCGAGAACUGCGUCUGAGGCGGGUGCUACUACUGUUGGAAGAGGGUCUUCGGGUUCGAAGAGGAGAUGAGAUGAGGUGAGGUGAGGUUGUGGAGUAGAAACUAUUACGAUGAGGAAUGAUGAAUACUUCAUUGUUGGUUGUUGGUUGUCGGUUGUUGGUUGUUGGUUGUCGGUUGUUGGUUGUUGGUUGUUCGGACGUUGGAAACGAAACUACAUAAAUUUGCUCUUUCGCUUUUUUGCUUUCUAUCUAAUUAUUAUUUCCCUCCUCUCUCUUCUCUACAAUCAAAUAUAUUUCCAUUUUCCUUUACCUCUCUACAUUUUGCAACUCUUUUUCCCGAUUCAUCUGCUACGCUUUCGUUCUGUGGAUUAUAAUACAAAAUUCUCCCUUUGUUUGAAUGUUUCGCUGUUAUUUUGCUUUGUGUAUAUAUUAUAUACUGCACUUUUCUUUCUUUCUUUUCUUUUUUUCAAUUCUCAUUUCGAUUUCUAUUCCGUAUUCUGCACAUAUAUGGGUGGAAAGGAAAAAUGAGCCUUCUUCACAUCUGC